AUGAGAUGCUUAUCACCAUCUGAAUUGUCACCGGCUAGCGACAGCUUAUUGUUCAAAUCAUUGAAGCCACUGACAAACUACAUUAAUGAUUUAUCCUCGACAAAAGAUCUAAUUAUAGCAAAACAAGCUGCAAUAAUUCUGUGGAGUUUCUCAAUUGCUAAAGCCUCGUUCAAAGACAUUUUACUCAUACUGAGCAAACUGAUAUUCAAUACAGUUGAUAUUUACAAUGCACAAGGUCUAUUCUUACAAUUCAAUAAUGGUCUGACAGCAGCUAUCAAUGAAUGGGAAAAACAAAAAGAGCAGCUAUCCGACGAAACAGCAAGUGAUUCCGAUUACCAGUCUGAUUCAAAUCAAGACAAAGACGAUGAUAUAACGUCGAAAGAAACCACAGGUUAA